GCCCAGCUGUUGCAGCUGUCACAACAAAAGGGUUAGAUUGCAUCAGAGAUUCGACCUUACUCCCGGUAAAGUGGAAUUAUGUUAUUAAGAAUACCACUGAUUUAUCACUUAGUCCGCCGUAACGUAUCCGCAUUGUAUGGCGAUAGAACAAAAGGAAACUACCCCAUCCUGCGACCGUACUUCGAUUUCAACACAAAGCUUCACGACAAACAGAAAUUGGAACAGAACAUUACGCGACGAAAGCUGAACAUUGACUUGAAUAAAAUCAACAAGCUUUGGUCAACGUACGCAGCACUGUCCAAAAAACAAUAUGAUCUGGAACGGAGGCCAAAGGAGAUAGUUGACUCUAUGAAGAAUGUCGAUCCAAAGGCAAAAGGAAGUGACGAUUUGACUAGGAAAUACGAGAUUGAACUAGCGAUGGUCAAAUCGGACUUGAAAGCAUUGAAAGAGAGCGCUCAUGCUGUGGAGGAUCUAUUCAUACACACAUUUCUGGACCUGCCGAAUGACAUCAACGAACGAACACCGCUCGAUGUGAAUAGAGUCCACUUCAGUCACUCCGAUCAACAAACCAUCACCGAAGAUGACACGGAAAACCAUUUGAACAAAGUCAAUUACUUGGAAUAUCAUGAUCCGCACUGUUAUUUCCUCAAAGGUGAUGCCGCCGAAUAUGACCUAGCGCUGCCAUUCUAUUGCAUGGAAAUGUUUGGUUCGCACGGUUUCAUACCGUUCUCGAAUCCAGAUUUCAUCCGAAGCGUUCUGGCCGAAGGUGCUGGCGUCGAUAAGAGCGACUUAAUGACUAUUGUGGACGAAGAUCUCGAUAAUAAAUUAAAUCUAAUGCACAUAGCUGGCGGUGGUUCAAUGCUCAGUUUUUUGGGUUUCGUCACCCGAUUGAUGGUGUACAAAAACCUCCUGCCACUGAAGUUUGUGUCGAGCGGUAAAGUGUUUUCGAAUCGAGACACCAGUUCGUCGGAGGAUUAUGGAUUGUAUUCGGCAUGCCAAACGACAAAUGUUCAACUAUUUUGCAUGACCACCAACGGAUCGGAAGCGUUGAAUCAAUUCGAUGAAAUAGUUGGGCAAAUGAUUGAAUUUUACAAACGUUUGGACAGAAUGUUUCGCGUUGUGUAUGUGACUGGCGAUCAAUUGGAUCAAGCGGAAGAUUCCCGAGCCGUAUUCGAGAUUUUUUCACAUCAACGGAAAUGUUUCAUUCCGGUUGGUCAUUUAAGUAGCUACGGUGAUUAUGUCAGCAAAAGGCUUCUGAUCGCCUUCAAGGACGGUAAUGCGAAGGAGAUGCAAUUUCCUCAUUUGAUUUCGGGAAGCCUUAUCAAUGUAACGAAGUAUUUAGCAAUUCUGUUGGAAGACAAAGGUGCACUUAAAACACCAAAGAUGUGAGAAGAUUUUUGAAAUAGAAAAAAUUUAAAAA